AUACACUCGUUUCGUGUAUUGGUCCAUUGUAAAAUUAAGUCAAUUUGGCGGUUGUAUUUCAUUAUUUGUUAUGAUGGAACAGCUAAACAUGCACUUAAGGAUUCUUUUAAUGGAGUUGAACUGUACUAUUUAAGUAUUAUAACUAGUUAACUACAAUUUGUUUUGUUUUUUAACAGCCCCGGGAUUUUUGAUUUUGUCAGUAUGAGUUUCUCCGUUCCUUCUUGGGAGAAGGAUCACUUGUGGAUGUAUCUUUGUGGAAUGAAAUUUGAUGCGCUAGCCGCCGCAGCUGCCGCCCAUAAGUCGCAGCAUACUCGUAUUAACCUGGGAGUAAAUAUGUUUGAGAAGCCGAAUAAGGAUGCUUUUUAUAUUGUAUCACAUUUUCUAUUUGAAAAAUUGGACCGGGCUCGUUGUAAAGAUGCAUUUAGAUUUUGCUGGCCCCCACUGGACAAAAAACAAGAUGCCGAGUAUCGUAAAGUUUGCCUUGACUGGAUGAGAGAAAUUUCAGAUGAAUCUGGGAGUGGCUUUCCUCAAGUGGCAGCCUCUUUAUUUCUUUCUCCAGGUGGACCCAAAUUUAUUCACUUAAUGUACCAUUUUGCAAGAUACGUUUUGACACAAGAAAUUAAAAAAGAUGCAAUAGGCAUUAAUUUAGUGCGUCCAAAGUCUUCAGAGAUGGUGAUAGCAAGGCAUAAUAUGGUGUAUGGUCGAUUUCUCAAAGCAUGUCAGAAGCAAGAUUUAAUUCUUGGUGACUUCCAGAGAAGAGUACUGGCCUUAACUACUGAAAUAAGAACACUGAAAUCUGAAUGUGCAUCAAUGGAAAGUGAACUUCAAAAGAUGAAUCGAAUAGCUAUUUGGGACCACAGUCGGAGAGAAAAUGUGGUAAAAAAGGUCCGUUCUAUUUGGAUGGUAGUGAUGGAUACUCUGUCCAGCUUGAGGCAGGAGAAAGAAAUUUUGGACUCCAUUCUCAAAGGUGAUGUUGAUCUGUAUUUAUUAGAUGGAACUGAAGUCCUUGUAAAGAUUCCACGAAGACUGCUGGCUCGAGUAGAAGAGGACAUGAACGCUGUUAACGAGAAUAUAUAUGAAGCUGGGAAGCUGAAUUUUCUUACACUUCUUAAAGUUUUAAAUAUAGCCCUACAGUAUUUAUGUGAAGAAAGACAAAAGGCCGACCCUCAAGGGUUAGAAUUUGAUAUUAAAAGUAUUGAAGACAAAAUCAAGUUACAUGAAGAGACCUUAGCUGGACUCAAGUGCUGCAGACAAAAGGUAAAAGAAGUACACAUGCUCAUAAGGGAUUCCGUUUCUCAGAAAAUGAUGGAAUGGUCAGAAAAAUGGGAGAGAUUCCUUGGUCAAGAUCCUUAUUCAUUAAUGGAAAAUAACCCAACUCUAGAACUGCUUCCAUCAGUGGGACCACUUUCCUUUGAAUCUGCAUCAGAAGACGAUUUUAGAAGUUGUUUGAUUACUCGAUACCCACCUUCAGUACCGGAUUAUUUCAAGACAGAAAAUUAUGUGCAGGGUGUGGAUGAAGUGGAAACUACAGUCGGAGUCACUGUACCUGAUGCUUCAAAACAGUUGUCUUCUUGGAGGUUCUCCUCUUUGCCUAUGGAUCUCUACACACCCUCCAAAGUGAAUGAUUUUACAUUUCUCGAAGAUGUUGAUGCACAAGUAGAGCCAUAUGUCUUCUCUAUUCGUUGUGGACUGCUCCCAAGAGAGAACUUGCCUUUGAAACUUCAAGAAAAGCAGUUAGAGGAAGAAAAGGUUGGAUUAAGUUACAGUGCCGAGAAUCUGUUAAAAAUUGGAUCUGCAUUCUCGUUAUACUGUGUGUGUGAGCUGCUUACAGUGAGGCCUGCAAGCUCAAACAUACUACAGGAACUAGUAAAGUUUGUGAUGCUAUCCCAGGCUGACUUCCUUAACACUGCUAAUUUGAAUACAGAAGCAACCUUAAUGUUUGUGAUGUACAAGGAAAUUUGGACUUGUAUUGCUAGUCUUGUUGCCUCACAGCAAGAGGAAGAUACACUGAUUGAAACACCUGUACCAAGCAAGAAUCUUGCCCAAGAAGGACAUUCUGCUUCUGUGCACAGAAAAUAUGAUCAAUCAGAAAUGCGUAAAAAGAUGAAGACUUGUAUGAAGGAGCAGAAAGAGACCAAAAUGAGAGAAGACCCCCUGAGCAUGGCUUAUACCCAGUUAGCAAAACAGAUGGCUGAUGAAGUUGUGUCAGUGUUACCAGUGACACCUGGAGGAAAGGGAAUGGAAUUUAAUGAAAUGUUUACUGCAUUAGUCUCUGAUCCUUUUUCAGCAAGAAAGCAGAUCCCACGAACUCCAGAAAAUCUAAUUUCAGAUAUCCGAAACUCUUGGAGGAAGGCAGUUGCCACCGAGUCACCAUCAACAUUUGUUACUACAGUAGAGGAGAUGGUGAAAGAGUCGCAAUCAGAAAUCAGCCAUGCGUGCCCUGACCCACUGGAGUCCACUGGUGCCUGUCUUUUGUCAACAAGUAAUGUAUCUGAUGUUCUUCGGUCAUCUAUUACUGAUCAGCAUGCUUCUGUGUGCCUGUCAAAUGCUGGUGAAGUGGAUGCUGUAGAAUUAUGCACUGACAAAGAAGAUGAAUUUCAUCAUGAAAGUGGGACACUGGCAGAAAGCAAGAGACUGGAUGUAGAGCAGCAGGAAAACAGUAAUUUAAAGACAGACCUGAUAAGUCUUUGUGAUGAUGUCCAAUACAAGAACUUAAGACUUGAAGCAUCUCCCAUCACACCUGCUGAAAUAACUGCUGUUGAAAACUCUGUUUUUGAGGAAACAAAAGUGGAGGAUAGACAUCAGUUCACAUUUGGUGCAUCCUAUGAUGAUUCAUUGCAUACCACCUGGUCAUGGAACUCUCUGCAGAUGUUUCAUAGCAUUGAUAGCAGUGAUAGUCAUGAGGUGAUCCUUAGCAUUCAUCAGGAAACUCUUCCAGAGGAAAAUGAUACUUUAAGCUUGAAUAGUUCCAGGUGCAUGGAGUCUGACAAAGAAGGCAGUGUUGAAGUGGUACAAGAACAAGCAGCCAGUGGAUACUCAGAGGAGCUGAGAGAGGACAGUGAUGUUCUGCUGGAACGUAAAAUAGACUUGCAGGACAUACGUAGCAGAUUGGAACAGUUAAAGAAAAAUGCAUGUCAUAAUGUAAAGACUGAUAAAUCACUCACUAAAUACAAAUCUGACUCUGCUUUAUAUGACAGCCCAGCAGGGAGGGUGUUUUCUUUGGACCUAGAAUAUUUAAAAACCCCUUCACGUUCAUCUAUGGAUAAGACAUGUUCUGCAGAUGAAGAUUUUUUGGAGUCCCUAAAACAUUACGGACAAGAAGAGAGAUGGAUGUCAGGUGAAGGAGAGGAUUCUGCUUUUGGCCAACAGUCACUUUUGGAUGAAACCGCUGAUGGAUGAUUAAUACAGUCAUUUGCAUUAACGGUAGUGGAGUGGAGGUCAAUUUGGUGCUGAUUAAACAUGCAGAGAAUACUACAUUUUGCAGUAAAAUACACAAGGCUGACUUUUUCUCUGAAAAAUUCAGCAUUAUACUUUGAUUUGGGAAAGGUGCGUCUUUAAUGAAAUUUGAAAUGUCUAGGUUGGAAAAGGUGCAUCUUUAAUUAAAAUCUGCUGUUUAAUUUCACAAAUGAACUGAAUUAAUUUACAGACUAUGCAGAUGCAUAUUUUUCUUCCAGAGCUUGUAAGAAGGGAAAUUGUGUUUGAGAUGGUUAAGCUGCAUUGUUAUACAUGCAAAAACUGUACUAAAUCUUUCCUGUUCGCUGUCCCAUAUUUUAUCCUUUUUUUCCCCUUUUUGGCAGCUUUUCUAAACACUCAGACUUUGUGUGAGCAGAAAGAAGUAAGUAAAAUGACAAACUUAUUACAUGAGGUUAUGAGCUUAUCCUGUAGUGGAGGGUACCUUAUUGCAUAUACAAAUUUAAUUUUUUCACUGUUAACUUACUGGGUGUCUUUUAUGCUUAACUUUUCAAAUGUGUAACAUCAGUAUUUGUUCGUGUUGCUGUAUAUGUUAAAUUAUGAAACUAUUGUCUUAAAGCAUCUUGAGUAUCUUAAUGUCAAGUUUUUUUUUGCAUUGCACUGCAUCUUUAUGACUUGUCAGUUUCUAAGUAAUAUUUUCUUGUGUCUUGUCAAUGUUUGCAACAUUUUUAAACUUGACUUUUUCAGGUUUUUGAUAGCCUAGAAUUUGUACGCUUUCAUUUGUCAGCUGUGACUAUAUCAGAUGGCAUCUGUGAUGUCAGCCAUGUUAUUAGACAUUAAGAAUAGGGUGCGUUUCCUAUCCCUGUAGCACAGAAGGAUAAAGUCACGACUGUUAACCAGACUACUGUUUGAUAAAGCAGCAUGACAUGGGAGGGUCAGGUAGUAGAAGAUAGGCUUGAGCAGCCAAUAUUAGCUCACCCUUUCUGGGGAAGGGGAGUUGGCCUGAUCCACUGGUUUAGCAAUAGUUUCUUUAAAGUAAACAGUCUGUUAUGGAGGAGGCCAGGGCAGGCAUGCAAUGUUGAGCGGUUUACAUGCUGCUUAGUUGGGGGUGAUAUGGGUGGGAACAUGUAUCACUUCCCACCUAGACAGCCAUUGAGAGUGUGGCUGUCUGUGCGGGCAGUGAUAGUCAUUUGGAGUAUACUGGCUGUAUAUUGAGAUGGGGUUAGGAGGGAUGUGGCAGGGAUUUCUCUGCGACUAGUAAAUUGGCGUACUUCCAACCCCCUGACUGCUGCCUGUGCAGAAACAAAUGAACUACUCAGGUCUCCAAAUGGUAAGGUUUUGGAAUACCUGGCUAUUGCCCUUGGAGGAACAACUAAGCUGAUGGGGCAUUAGUAGUGUGGCCACUGGAAAGGUUGCUUUGAAAAAAAGUUAUAUUUCUGCAAAUUCAUCUUUACCUGGAGGGUCUAAUGAUCCAUUACUGAAACAUGUUAGCAAAAUUCAGUAUCAUCAGAUGGGGCACUCCUUGGAGAUGCUGCCUAUGUGGAAGUGGGUUGGGGAUUCAGAGAAGGUAGUUACAUAAUUAACAAAAACUAUUAUUGGCUUAUUACUUCUAUGAAAGUUGGUUUCUCCUGGAGGGUAGAGCAGCAAAAUUAAUGCUACAGGUUAGCGGACAAAGGUGUUUACAACAAAGAAGAAACUUUACUUUUACCAUUAUAUUUUAACAGCAGCCUUUUAAAAGUGAGGCAGUUGAAAGUAAAAAAAAAAAAAAGGCAUGUUCAUUGCCUGCUAGUAAGGGAUAAUACUUGUGUCAAGGGAUAGGUUGGAAAUACAAGCGGCUUGGUAGAUUUAAGAACAGUCUGUACACUGCUUAUGGGCAGACAAAUUAAGACUUUGCCUGUUUGGAAACUAAUAAAGAUAAUUUGACUUUUUCAUUCAAACUCUUAUUUUAACCUCUUUACUUCUGUGUAGCAGCUAGUAAGCAGUACAGUUUGCUAAUGUUUAGUUUUACCUGUAGCUCUAGCUGGUUAUAUUUAAACCCCAGCACAUUACAGCAGUGUUUCAGUAAAAGAAGUUGAACUAUGUUCCCACUCUAGUCUUGCUAGUGUUCCACAAAAAUGUUUGCUGUCUUAUUUAGUAGUUUUUGUCAUUGAAAUGAAAUUGAAUUUCUUUGCUUUACAUCAAGGAAAUUGUAAGUUGGUCUUGCAGGCUAAAUUGUUAAACUAAAUAUUGCACUUAAAAAUUAAUUCAUAAUUAUCUGUAUUAGCAUCAUUGUAAUUAAUAAACAUAUACCUGGCAAAUUUAA